GGGAGUUUGGAAUAAGCAGUUUCAGGUGAACAGGCUCCACUUAACCAAAACAAUGUUUGCAGAUUUGGACUAUGAUAUUGAGGAGGAUAAGCUGGGGAUCCCUACUGUACCUGGAACAGUGACCCUGAAGAAGGACUCUCAGAACCUGAUUGGGAUCAGCAUUGGGGGAGGAGCACAGUACUGCCCCUGUCUCUACAUUGUCCAGGUAUUUGAUAACACUCCAGCAGCCUUAGACGGCACCGUGGCAGCUGGUGAUGAAAUCACAGGGGUGAAUGGGAAGUCCGUCAAAGGGAAGACCAAGGUGGAGGUGGCCAAGAUGAUACAGAUGGUAAAGGGAGAAGUGACAAUUCACUACAACAAGCUUCAGGCCGACCCAAAGCAGGGCAAGUCUUUGGAUAUCGUGUUGAAGAAGGUAAAGCAUCGACUGGUAGAGAACAUGAGCUCGGGGACAGCGGAUGCCCUGGGGUUAAGCCGAGCCAUACUUUGCAAUGAUGGACUAGUGAAGAGAUUAGAGGAGCUGGAGAGGACUGCAGAGUUGUACAAAGGCUUGACAGAGCACACCAAGAGUCUUCUCAGAGCUUUCUUUGAGCUAUCCCAGACACACAGAGCAUUUGGAGAUGUUUUCUCUGUCAUUGGUGUACGGGAGCCACAACCAGCUGCCAGUGAAGCCUUUGUGAAAUUUGCUGAUGCCCAUCGCAACAUUGAGAAGUUUGGGAUUCACCUUCUGAAAACAAUUAAGCCGAUGCUUACUGACUUGAACACGUAUCUGAAUAAAGCCAUUCCUGAUACAAGGCUGACCAUCAAAAAAUACCUGGAUGUCAAGUUUGAAUAUUUGUCUUACUGCCUGAAAGUCAAAGAGAUGGAUGAUGAAGAGUACAGCUGCAUUGCCCUGGGUGAACCCCUUUACCGGGUCAGCACUGGCAACUAUGAAUAUCGUCUGAUCCUGCGUUGCCGGCAGGAGGCUCGCACGCGCUUUGCCAAGAUGAGGAAGGACGUGCUAGAGAAAAUAGAGCUCCUGGACCAGAAACAUGUGCAAGACAUCGUGUUCCAGCUCCAGCGUUUUGUCUCCACCAUGUCCAAAUACUAUGACGACUGCUAUGUCGUGCUCAGAGACGCGGAUGUCUUUCCCAUUGAGGUGGACCUUGCCCGCACUACCCUCAGCUAUGGGCAGAAGGACAUGUACACAGAUGGUGCUGAAGAAGAAGAAGAAGGAGGAAGUGAGAGAGAGGGUAGUGGGAAGGAGGAUGCAAAUGGUGAAAAGCUCAUUGAUGAUGCCUGAAUGUGCCAGCACGGCCAGAGGAGAGACUUUGCAGACUGUUAUAAAAACACGUAUUUCACAUGACA